AUGCAAACUCUUCUAAGGCAGUCCUGUAUACGCUCUCGGUCCUUCCAAACGGCGCACCCUCGCUGGCGAGAGGCUCACGGUCCAUUCACCAAUAUCCUGGCGAGCGAAGUUCCUCCACCAGUGCAGGUCAGCCAAAUCACUCCCGAAGGAAUACAGCUCGCAGACGGGCUGGUCAUCCCUUCGGCAUGUAUAUUCUUGGAGGGGAAAGUCUUCUUAUGGGACGUCCCUCAAAGUCUUUGGGAUGGCUGGAAUAAAGAUAGGUUUGAGAUAUUCGACACGGUCGUACCCAAGCCAGAUCUGUUAUUGCUUGGUACCGGAAAGUCCGCAGCUCUGCCUCCUCCUUCAAUUCGGUCGUUCUUGAGCGAGAUUGGGGUUCAAAUGGACGUCAUGGACACGCGUAAUGCAUGCUCUACUUACAACCUUCUCUCUGAGGAGGGGCGCCGAGUCGCAGCCGCUCUGCUGCCCAUUCAGCCGCGGGCAUGGCAGAAGCGGUCAUAA